UCCUGUCUGCAAGGGAUUUCUCAAUUGCGGUAGCUGGAAAGGUUGAUUGAAUAUUGAGUGUGUGGAAAAGUGUGUGAAACUUUUGUGUGCAUCAUUUUCACAUGAACUUGACUAUUUUUCACUUUUCCAUGGAUGAGAUGUGAGAAAGGGACAUUUCUGCGGAAGGUGCAAUUGAGGUGAACAUUUUUUUCUUGCCUCUGCAGAGGUCCUUUUUUUCUUGAGUUCUCUUCCCAGAAUUUUUUGGAGAGGAGAAGAAGGUGUUAAAAAAAAUGUUGGUUUUGAGGUUAGUGAUGAUGGUGAAUAAAAUCAGGACAAUGUAUAAGGGAUUUUCGGUUAUUUUCUCAUUUUCGUCCUUGCGCUCUCUCAAUGAACAGUGAAUUGUCUCAGGACAGAAUAUUGUGUUUUUUGCGCUGUUGAGAGACACAUUGGCGUAGUCUGCAAGAUUUCUCAUUCCCUGUGUGAUGUGUUGCAAGAUGCACCAUCGUAUGAGUUGUCUGGUUUAGAAGGAGAAUCCAAUAACAGAAAAAUCGAAAGAAUUAUUCAUAUGACUGUUGUAAGAAAAUUUACUCAGUGAAGGACACAACAAAGGAGUGAGAAAUUGACAAGAGAUUGUGAGAGAAGAUAUUUGUGUGCGGUAGAAAUAAAGAGAGAGAGAAAGACAGAUACUUGAAGAAAAACAAGAACAAUUUACAUGAAACCUGGGAAUACAUAAUUACAGAGCCUUUUCUCCUCUUCAUUGAUGUCUCCACCUUUUUGGGGCGAAACUUUCUUACACAGGCCCCGAGUGUAGUGAAUUUUGAUCCGCCAGUUUCGGGGACUCUCUAGCGGAUGGAUUGGUGGUAUCGUUGGCUAUUGGUCUUCUGGGCCCUCCUGGGCAUCCCGUCGCCACCAUUUAGUGACUGUCGGGCAAGCAAUUUGGGUGGAAAUGGGAAAAAUAGUGAGACAUCGACGAUAUCCUCGCGAAAAUGCAGAGUGACAGAGUUUCCCUGUGAAAAUGGGGGCUGUAUACCGCUGUCCAAAUACUGUGACCAGAAAUACGACUGCUCAGACCGAUCCGAUGAGCCUAAAUUGUGCACAGUGUGCAAUCGAACACUGUACGGCGAAGUAGGCAAGACUUAUGAACUCGAUGUCCGGCAACCGAAGGAGCUUCCAUUUAUUUGUGAUUUCAAUUUCACCGCUCUGGGCAACGAGCACGGAGACAUAAUCCAGAUCAACUUUAAUAAAUUCAACGUGGGUCGCUUCACAUCCUUCAAGGAGACUGGGUGCCAUGAUGGCUCUAUGGCAAUCCGGGAGGCACAAUUGCCCACAUCGGGUGGUGUAUGGUGUGGUACAGCCUGGGGAUUCAAUUCCUACUACAGUGAGACACAAUCCAUUAAUGUGUCACUGAGAUUGUGGCGUCUGCCGGGAGGCUUGACCGCUGCAUCGGGUGCAUCUGCUGGAAACUUUGAGUUUGCUAUCUCCUACAAGUUUCUCCGAAGGGGAGAUGCUCUCUUGCGAAGCGAUGUGGGUGCAUGGAUGGGUGAAUCGGUGCCUGGAAGUUACUGCAAUCGCCAUCUCUAUGAUUGCGAUCAACGCCGUGGGGGAUGUGUCAUAAGAUCUCCCAAUUUUCCAGGCAUCUAUCCCCGUAACAUCACAUGCCUCUAUCGUAUCAGUCAGCGCACAAUCCCCAAUGGAUUGCAUGCAAUGAUUGUCCUGAGGCAGAGUGAUCGCCACAAGCUCCAUAUUAAGGAUCAGGCACCGCAGAUGGAGCAAAAUAAUCGGAUGCUGCGGAGCUGGGAGCAAUGUGAUCUGGUGCAGGAUUAUAUUUCUGUGAGAGAUGGGAAGACACUCGAUGCCCCGGAAAUUGCAAGAUUUUGUGGUGGAGAUACUCUGCCAGAAAUCAUUGCCAGUGGCCCCGAUAUGGCCAUUGAAUUCAAGACAUCACCAUACGACAGUCUCUUCCACAAUUUCCAAGCACCCAGUUUGAUGGGAUAUGAAUUGGAGAUAAAUGUGAAGUACGUGAAUGCAAAUUCUCAGUCCUUCGUAGCACCCGACAGUCGCUGUGAAUUUACGAUAAAUGCUUUUGAAAAUCCAUUUGGUGAAUUGGAGUCACCACGACAUACACUGCCACCAAAUACCCUCUGCCGCUAUUAUUUCCAAGGAAGACACCACGAAACUGUCUGGAUAUCAUUUCUAAAAUAUAAUUCAGCUUUGGACACAAGUGCUGUAUUUGAGGCACAAUCCGAUUGUGCCCCACAGCUGAGGAUAUGGGAUGGAAAACUGGUUACGAGCAAUCGAACUCAUGGCUCCCAGUAUGACUUCACGCCAAAUUCCAGCCUCUUGGCGGAGAUUUGUCGCGAGGACGUGCCCAAACUCUGUUCUAGGUCACUGAUCACCAAGAGAGCAAGACCAUGUACAGCUGAUGAGAGCUAUCUUUCGAGUGGAUCUGACCUAACGAUGGAGUAUAAGCCGAAUCCCAGUGGCCCAGCAAGACUCUAUGGGCCUGUGGCGGCAUUUAGGCUGCGCUAUGAAUUUGUGGACACAUCCCUGGGUGGAACACCGUUGGAUCAACCAUUCCAGGCUUCCCUGUUCGCCCCAGAACCAGCAGCCCUCACGCAGUCCCAUUCAAAGUCAUGCAAUCGACUGUAUCGCUCCAUUUCCACGACUCGGGGCAUCUUCCGGUCGCCCACGAAUGUAUUCUUCUAUGGACGUGGCGGAUCUGAGAACAUUUCCUGCACAAUUCGAUUUGAGGCUCGACGUGGAGAGAGUGUUAGACUGACCAUCACACGUGCCCGUUUUGGUGGCCGAUCCUGCCAGAAUGUCCAGAAUCGUUCUGGACGCUGGCACUGUGACCACCAUGGAGGUCCUGUAGCUGACCUUCGGAUCGGUGAAGUGCCCUGGCUGGACGUGGGACCCCUUCCACGAGACUGUAUUUGCUCAGAUGUGUCCAGGUCUUUAAUCCUGGCUCCCCUGGCUGCCAAUGUAGUUGAGGUGCAGUUUAAUACGCACAGUAUGAGUGUGGAUCAGGACUUCCGGGAUUUCUAUUUCGAAGGAAGGUACGAGUUCACAGCUGAUGGUUGUGCCACUGACUGGAGCAUGAGACGGUUGAAGGGUCGCAGUGGAAAUGCUUCCCUCUCAGCCUCAGAAUGUGCUCCACUUAUCCAACCAUGGCUGUUGGAACCAGAAACUCCCGAAGGAUAUCUGGUGCUGAAGCUGAAAGGCUUUUGGAUGCCUACGGUGAUGCAAUCAGUGGCACCUUGUCCAACUGAUGCCAGGAUCACUGUUUAUUCCACCAAUAAUCCUGGCUACCAACGGGAUUUGUGCCCAACGAGUGGUAAUGACGUGGUGGCCUUCUCAGAUGGCUGGGAUAGUGCUUUUGAGUACAGCCCUGUGGAAUUAUCACGAAGUCUUGUGGUAGAGUACAGAUCACCAUGGAAGUCUGGGAUUGAUAACAUGGAGUACAAGUUUGCCUGGAUGGAAGUCUAUCCGGCAAUUGGAUGCCACCACAAAUGCACGGAAUUGCAGGCCUGCAUUGCGCCGGAACUCUGGUGCGACGGAGUCAAUCACUGUCCGUCGGGACAGGAUGAAAGUUCCGUGGAGUGUGACAUAAACCUGCCUCUGUCUCCACUGUACGUGGGCAUCGCGGCGGCCACAUUCACGCUGUUGCUGUCGCUGACGGCGGGUCUGGCAGCGUGUGCCAAGCGUAAAAAGAUCGAAGUGAAGCAGCACUAUGAUGCUCAUGCGGAUGCCAAUGGCAGAUUUCCGCCCCAUCUGGCAGCACAUCAUCACCAUCACCUGCCUCCGCAUGCACUGCCGCCCAUCUUCAUCGACACGCCCGCCAAGGACAGCUUCUGUUGACAGGAGAUCGAGACUUCGGUGUAGCUGCCGGAGUCGCGACAGCAACCGCCAAGACUCCUUCUUGCCACUGCUGUUACACUUCGUCGAGGUGAGUGAGCCACAUUAAACUUAUGCGCGGUAAUUUAUUAGUGUCACAAUCCCCAUCAACCAGUCACACUUGCUGCCCCAAAAUUGCACAUGGUUACUUAUUCCAAAGAGGAGAUAGAAAUCCCCAAGCAAUGAUGAUAAAAGGGCAAAAAACAUAAUGCAAAUACUGUUUCAAUUUGAAUUUUUAAUUUACACAGCGCGUGUUAUUAUUAAAAAAAAACCUAAAAAUACAUUUUAAAAAAAUUAACCCGGAAAAAUUGAUGUAACCUUUUCCUUUAUAGCCUCAAGUAAAAGGAUGAUUUUCAUAUCAUUGUCAUAUCCAUAAUCAAAUUACAUUGUUCUGUUUUUUUCUCAUAGUAUAGUAUUGCGUGUAAACUUCCAUUCAAUAUCUCUAUUAAUGUUUCACAUUUUUUAUACAUUGUACCUUUAUAUACAUUUAUGUAUAUCUCUAUGUAGGUCAAAUAUUUGGAUUAUUUUCAAUGAAGCAUAGUUUGUUCUUUGUCUAUCGAAAAAUGAGACGAAAAUGCAAUGAAAACAUUGUUUUACGUCAUAUAGAAUUAGUUUGGUGUUUUUUUUUAUUUAAAAAGGACAGAGGAAAAUGUUGUCAAUUUUAAAGAGGUUUACCAUAGCAUGAAAUCGGAGACUGAAAAGUUUGAAGAGAAUAACAAAAAUUCCUUCCGUUCAGAUGUAAUUAUUCGAAAUUGAGAAAUCGAGCAGAAUCCUAUUCGAACAUUAUUCGAAAUUGUGGAUGUCGCUUAUAUUUCAAAAAUGAAUUCAUUGAAAACAUUUUCGAAAGAGAAAUGCUCCAGUCAUGGCUAGAGUUUAAAAAAUUUGAAGAUCGGCUUUGAAUGUCAAAGACUGACAUCUCGUUUCAUCCGGCAUGGUGCUCGAAGUACUGCCUGUUCGAAUUUCUAAGUGUCUCGAGUGGAAAAUCAAAGCAACAAAGCUCAUUUCAUUAUAAUUCUCCUUUUAACAACUUCGAAUUUAUUUUGAAAAUUCGAAUAUGAUUUUGAAUUUUUCGAACAUCGACUACUUUUUGUGUAAAUAGAAUUCAAAUUACCUUUUACCUAAGACACUAUUGGAGAAUCAAGCACCAGUUGUGAAUACACUGAGAGAAAUCAGAAAAAAUUAAAAUAACAUUCCGGAAAUAUUUAUUUUACCUUGCAGUAUUGAUCCGAAAUCGCUGUAAAUCGUUAAAAAGGUGUAAAAUUAACAUUAAAAAAUGUUGAUAUAUUUUUACACCUAAAAAGUGUUAAAGUUCUGAGGAAAAAAAGUUAAUCGCAUCCCCAUUUUUUCUCAGUGUAUGAAGAAUCCUCUCGUUCAGUAAUAAUCUUACCGAUUUGAAGGUUCCUUCUGGUUGAGGUUUUUCUCAAGGGUAUAUCAAAGAGAACUAACCUAACAACUCGUUCGAAAUUCGAAAGUUUAAACCGACAUUUACAUAAAAGUGAGAAAUUUCAUGAAAAAGACAUUUAUUUGAUUAAAAUUGCAAUUAAAACGUUCUGACAUCCUUAAAUUCCACAAAACUACACUAAAAUUCUCUUUUUACAGCAAAUUUACUCACUGUUUUUGACAUUGUUGACAAUUGAAGUGUCAAGUAUACCGAAAUUCGAAAUAACAGAACAAUCAACGUUAAAGCGGCGAAUACGUGAAUUUUCCCUUUAGGCUUCCGAUGGAUUUUCGAGCUGGUUUAGCUUGGCUUUAAAGUGAGUCUAAGAAAACAACAUUGAUAAUCCCAAGUCGACAUCUCUUACCGUUUGGCUUAUAGAUUUAACAAGUAAAAUUACUUCGAAUUACUUCAAUUAAAUACAAAACCGAUCAAAUUAAAACGGCAAAUUUUCCAGACUAGUUUCCAAACAUCCUCGAAAAUGAAAGUGAUCUGCAGGGCAAUUUUGAAAAUAAAAGACAGAAAAUCAUUUUAGAAGGGGAGUAUAUGGAGCUGAAGCAAAGGAGAAAAAUGGUUCUAAAUAAUGUUGCAGUCAACAGGUUCUAAAUAAUAACGACUAAUGGGGGGGUCACCGAAAACCCGAUGUCGAUAUCUCUUACUCUUAUCACACAGCCCCCCAGAAGAAAGUCGAACUUAGAUUGUUCGAAUACGAUUCAAUUUCUUGGAAAAUGAUUCUUGAAAAAUAAGUUCAUCUACAUGAGACUACCCCACGCUACCUUAUUUCAAAAUCAAUGGAUUAUAUUGCUCUCACUUUGAGUUCGAACAAAAAACGUAUAAAACGUGUUAGCACUAGCUUCUCCCCAAAAGUUAAACCUCCUGUUGAUAUUCAAAUUAACAUCAUUAAUGCCCCGAAUGUGGCACUGGUUCUCCUUAAGAGCGCUCCUAACGCCCUUAUACUUAAAAAGAAAUCUACUAUACGGAGAGGAGUAUCUCAGCGAAGUUAGCCGAUGAGACUUCAGUUCGUGUUAAUGUUAAACCGUCAGGAGGUGAAGACACAGGCUAGGAGGAGCGCUGAGGGUUCUGGUUCUGGGAGAAUUACUAGUGGCCAAUGUACACAUCCCCGCCUGUUGUCUUUGGGCUAUCCGGCCUCUUUUCCUUAACGGUUCUAACAAACGGUUUGAACAAAAACUUCGAAAGAUUACGUCUGAAUGCAGGGAUAAUGUGUUACAGUAGACUCUCUCUCAAUUGAGCAUUUGGGGCAAAAUGUCAUCCGGUUUAUCGAUGGAUUUGGGCGUCAAAGCCUUUGUAAAUUCCACAAAAGGCGCUCAAUUAUAAAGAAUCACGAUAAAAUAGGAAGAACCACAGCGAAUUUGAGCAAAUUAGCUUCAUAAUUAAACGUGAAAAUUGUCAAGAAAAUUUUUCGCCCGAUUGAAAAAGAGCCGAUUGAACGAAAGUCUACUGUAUUUCAAUAAAAAACGGAAAUCUUUCACUUGGACUUUUUUAGUACAUGACUGUCCUCAUGUGCUUUAUGUACAAUAGACUUUUUUGAGUUGGUUCCUGUCACGACUAUUUGGUGGUUUUGAAACAUAACGAGAAUUAAGAAAAACAGUCGAGAUAUGAACCAAUACAAAGAAAAGUUGAUAAUACAGAAGCACAAGAGAAUAAUCAUGUGCUAAAAAAUUUUUUGGAGAUAGAUUUCCAAUUUUCAUUGGAAAAGAACCAUAAGAAUUUCAAUGCCAAAGAUAAAUUUAUCUAUUUAAUUUAUCUAUACUCUGAGAGAAAUCCGAGAAAGGUAAAAUAAAAUUCCGGAAAUGUUUAUUUUACUAUACAGUAUUGAUCCGAAAUCGGUGUAAAUAUUAUGCUUUUUAGGUGUAUUAGGGAUUAAAGUUACCCUAUUUCAUGUUAAUUUUACCCUUAAAAAUGUGUAAAAUUAACAUUAAAAAAUGUUGAUAUAUUUUUACACGUAAAAAGUGUUAGAGUUAUGAGGAAAAAAAGGUUAAUCGUACCCCUGUUUUUUCCUCAGUGUACAUUAUAUCAUCAUUGCUUGAAGAAUUAUCUAUCCCUCUUUCUUCCCCAAAAUUUCCUCAUAUUCAUUAACAGUGGCAGUGAGCAGAAGUUCAGGAGGUAGAAGGAUUGUAUUAUGAUAGAAGCUGAAGGGUUGUGAAAAUCAUAACAAUUAAGUUCAUCGUGGUGAAAAAAAAUCAAUCUAAAUAUAGUGAAAAAGAAAAGUGCGAAGCAUUAUUGAGAAAAAAAAAUCAUGUGAAUUCUAAGAAGCAAUACGUAUUAAUUUCAAAA